AUGGUCUCGUUUAACGUGUUAAACUUUUACUACAUUGUUUAAGUGGUUAAGAGUAGGCCAUUCAUAUGCAUCCGUGUAAAACAAAACUAUGUAAUGCAUAUCAUAUAGCGAUAAACGAGUAAAUACGUUGAGAUUUGACAGUCCAAUGGAUGUCGACCAACUAAAACGCCUGUUCCGUUCCGUAGAACGACACAUCGGCACUCUUAAAGAUGCCACGGGUGCUCUUGAAAACUUGUUAUCAUCUACAGAUAAAACUGCUGUACGAAACUCCGUUGGUAACGUGCGACAAAUCGGGACUACAUUGCAAGAGGAAUGCCGUGACAUACAGCAGUUCCUGCAGUUGUGUGAUGGUCAACCUGAGACACAUUUGAAUAGCCCCUCUAGCCUCACAUACGCUAAACAAUUAAGGGAUAUUGAAGUCGAAAACCACCCAUUAGACCCAGGAGGAGCAGACGGUAUCGAUGGAGUUUUUCAUAUAGCCUCACCCGUUGAUCUUGAAAUGAGGGUGGACCACAUGUAUGAAGAAUUCCAAAGCAUGAGACACUAUAUCAAGCGGUUGGUCCCGACAUUGUCCCGGACAUCUGUCGAAAGAAGAAUACAAGAGUUGUCUCAUGAACCCCAGGAUGCAAUAAUUGAAAGAUGUCGCAAAAAUGAAGAUAUGGUUGGCGCGGAACUCGAUAAAGCGAAGGCAGAUCUCGAGGCGAGAGAAACUGAGCUGGACAAGCUUCGAUGCGAACUAGAGCGAUGUGCUCGUCCAGAAGAGAAAAGAGAAUUGCAAAAAAAACUACAGCGCAAGAAAGUGCAAGUUCGCCACCUGAAAGACCAAAAGCAUGUCCUUCACCAAAGACUUGAAACAAUUCAAAAAACGGUACAAGUACUGCAGAAAGAAUGUCCGUUGGUUGGUGAUACCAUGGCAACGAGCCAGCCAAUACAGCAGUUAAUUGAAAAAGAUGUUCAACUAACAGUGGAAUCAGAGUUAAUACAGCAACGUCUUGAAACACUUGAACAAGUUGAGCAUAGAGAUGCCGGCACAAUGACGAGUCGCGAACGUGUAUCGGAAAGGCAAAGAGACGCACGAAAUUUGCAACUCACGUUGAGGUUAUUGCAGACAUACUUUCCGAUUACAAGAGACAGCAGUGACGCUCGAUAUAAUUCUCUUAUACAAGAACUUGAACAACUAAAGCAAAUCUUCUUAAGCUUAGAUGCAAUGCCGCACAAUGGAAGUUUUCCAAAAGAUAUAUAUCAAUCGAUUACCGAUAUCAUUCCUUUGUUGAGGGACAACAUUGGAGGGGGCGAACAUUUACUUUCUGAAGUCAUUCGAGUUUGGGACCUGAUGUUAAGGCAUAAUAACGAGACGGUUGCAGUUCUUUAUCAAAAUACGGGAAAUACACACGUGCCGUACUGGUUGUUCAGAUCGACGCGCAUGCAAGAAGAAAUUGAACACUUACAACAUGUCAUCAUAGCACAACACAUUCAAGAGGAAAUAAAUAGGUGCAUUGAGGCGAAUGAAUCUAUGAACUGAGGAUUGGUAUGAUUGAAAGUAAACACAAAGGGGCCAGCAUGUGUGAAAGGCGCAGAAUCAUUAACAGAGGUGCAACCAUGUAUGAAUUGCGCAAAUCGACGUGCGUAUAAAAAAAACACAACUCAAAUAGAUAACAGAAUAGCGGAUUCUCUCAUGAUCAUGUUGUUUCGUUAGUCCUUUAUACUUCAUAUGUGUUCUAGGUAGUACUUUGCUUUAUUUAUUCUAUGCCAGCACGUCAACGGUAAUAACCAAUACCACUAUUAUACAAUACUUAAUUACCAGCAUGUUGUUCAGCAGUAUUUACGUUUAUUAUGAACUUAAUUGAAAUGCCUUUAAAAUAUACUCUCUUCAGCAUGUUAAGCAGUCUUUACUUUGCUUAUAAAACAAAACCAAAAAUGACUUUAAAAGCUCAUCAGGGACCGACGCGAAUUCAUUUCAAACAUAUAAAUACGAACUUGCUCCUGGACGGUCUUAUAAAUGCAUAAACUUUUUCGAGUAUUUUCAAGGUUAGUCCGUGCGCAUCAUGGUCAUGUCGUUUAAAUGAAUAUGAUUAUAGUUGCAUACAAACGGAACACAAUAAAGUCGAUUAUGCUGGCAGUAAUUGUUCCAAAUAGACAUGAUGUUAAAAGGCACUACCGCAAUCUUAAAAUUGCAAGAAUUAUUUUUACAUUUUGGAUGAAGCUUCAUUCCAUUAAUAUUUGGAAUAUUCAUCAGCUUUCGAGUUCACAAAAAGUCGAGUUCACAAUAAGUAACUGAAUCUCAAAUGUGGUGCCAAUGUUUCAAAGAUAUAUUGUUGAGAAAUAUGAUAAAACGCCAACGAAUAUACUUUCAACAACACACGAUCCUAUGAGGAUACAAGAACAAUUAGAAAUAAGCAUACAUAUGAAAAAGAAAUUGUUUAAACAGCGUGAACAAUAAUUAUCUUUCACUCAAGCGCUUUCGACAAAACGAUUUCUGCAGGGGUGUAUAUGAGUUUACGAUUCAUCAGUGCAAAUGCACAAAAGAACCAUUGUCUUGUGAAAACCCUCUGCUUCAUAAAACAACGUUCCGCUUAAACUAUGUGCUAUAGACCGACGCCCGGGGUGUAUAUUGUAUCCAUUAGAUUAUUAAACUUGCAGUUAAAUUUGUGGCAUUCAGUCUUGUUUUUAUAUGUUAGUGUCGUUUUAUUUAUUUGAAUUUAUUUCCGCAUACUACAAUUGGGGGUUAUAGACUGGUCAGUUAUAUCAAUUUCAUCGAUAUAAUGAUGAAAAGUAAAAUGUGCAGUGAACUGUUACGAUAAGAUGCUAAACAUUAUAUUUGUGGAAACAUUUUGCAUUAAGUAUUAUUUUAUAUUUAUGUAUCGUUUUUGUUUAUUCCAUGUGUCUGACGGGUAUUGAGUCGAUCUGUCCAGUAUGUUUCUCGAAGUUUUCGUGUUUUAUCUGACCAUUUUCAUUACCUUCAAUACAAUACAGGGCAAUGUUAUCAAACGUGUUAUCAGGUUCGCUUAAAUUUUCUGCGACUCGAGAUCUGUUAAUUGUAUGUGUUUUUUUAAUCAGACCUACACUAGUUUAUGCGUUUUCUCAAAGCCAUUUUUGUCUCAUGAACAUAUUGUUUGUUGCACUCAUUACACGUCAUGGCUAUACUGUAUUUUUUGUUUUGCAGUUAUGGGUACCCUUGAAUGUCUGUGUUGGUUGCAUAAUCGUGCAUGUUCAAGCAACGAGCAUUGUUGCAUGGGACUGACUAAUCUGGGACAUUUUUCACAGUUUCGAUUGUAAUUUUGGCACGCACAAGUUUGUACAUGAGACUUUUUCGCCUUCGGUAAGCUAUAACGGGCUUUUCAGGAAAUAUUUAUUUGUAGUUUUGUAGAUGUCAUCAUUUUGGACCAGUGGUUGUCAAUAAUCACAGUAACGUUUUGCAACUCCGUAUGGUAAAUGACUACAAAUGGAACUUUUGAAUGUGUGACCGUCGUUUUGUAUGUUCGCUCGCUUUAGCUAUAGCAUGGGAAGCAAUAUCAUAGCUGUAUUUUCGCUUGUGAAGGUAUUGAGCUACAUGUAAUUCGUGUAAAAUACAAUCAAAGUCACUGUCCUGUGUGCAUAUGCGUCUUAAGCGGAUUGCUUAACUGAAAUUUUAUUUCAUAUUUGUAAAUUAUUAAUUUAUGUUCAAUUAAUUGUUUUGUUAUUAUACCUAAUAACCCGAAUAACCCGAAAGAAAAUACUGUUUCUAAUUAUGUGUGAAGCCGACUUACUGAUGUAUAACCCUGAAUAAAAUGUAUCUCUGUCUGUCUGCUCUAUAUGCAUAGGUUGUUGUCUCAAAAAUAAAAGAAAGAAUGAA